AUGGCGCUGCCCGACGUCGCCGCCGCCAUCGAGGCGCGCGGCCUUCGGGACCUAUCCACCAGCAAAAGCCCAGAGUCGACUGUCGGGGGCGCCCUCUCGCGGGACGCCAUCUUCCAAAAAGUCAAAGUCAACACCUGGGCGCUGCAGCCGCACCUGCAACACCACGGGAAGAUGGAGAGGCAGCGCGCCAAGGCGGCGGCGGCGCGGGAGGCGGCGGAGGCGGAGGCGCGGGUAAAGGCAGAGGCGGAUGCGGAGGCGGAGGGCGGCGGCGGCGACGGGGCUGCUGAGGCGGCUGGGGAGGCCGCGGGGGGCGCGGCGGGGCAAGAGGAGGCGGCGGCCGGCAAGCAGGACGGCGCGGAUGGGAACGAGAGCGACGACGACGUGGCGCACGCCGCCGCGGCGUCAGGGGAGCCCUGGGUGGCCCUGCUGGCGGACUGCGACUACGACGCCCUGCCCUUUGCCCUGCGGAUGGCCGCUCUCGACUGGCUGGUGCACCAGGCGCUGUGCCUGCCGACGCUGAGGGCGGAGAUCGAUUGGCGCACGGACGAGGCGCAGGCGGCGCGGCGGCAGGUGCAGGAGGAGCUGAAGGCCGACAAGCGGCGCCGCGAGGAGGAGGGGCUGCUCCGCGCCAGGGCGGCGUCUGAGGAGGCGCAGCGCCGACUGGAGGAGCUGCAGCAGCGCCAGGCCGCCGGCGAACCCAUCGGCGCCGAGGCGCUCGCCGCCGCCGCAGCAGCAGCCGCCAAGGCCGCCGCCGGCGCGGCCGGCAUCGGCGCGGCGGCAGGCGGCGGGGAUGCGGCGGCGGAGCGGGAGCAGCGGCGGCGGCUGCGGGCGCGGGCGAGGGCGAUGCAGCGGGUGGAGGACGCCUGCCAGAUAAGGCACGAGCCCAUCGGUCUUGACCGCCGCCACAACCGCUACUGGCUGUUCGCGCCGGGCGGCAGCGGCGGCCAAGAGGGCGGCGGCGGGGCCGCAGCCGGGCCGGGGGCGCCGGCCGCUGGCGCGGGCGCGGCGGUUGCGGCGGCGUUCCCGCUGCCGGCAUCCGCGUCGGCGGGUGCGGAGGAGGACUGGGGGCGCGUGUGGGUCGAGGGCGGCGCCGAGUGCGCGGUGGACGAGGGCCGGGGCUGGGGCCUGCUGCUGCGGCAUGAGCAGUUGCGGCAUCUGCGGGGAUGCCUUCGGCCCAAGGGCGCGCGCGAGGGCCACCUGGCGGCGGGGCUCGCGCGGGUGGAAGCUGCGGUGGAAGCUGCGAUGCCGGGGCGGCCGCUGGUGGUGCCUGCGUUGCGGCCACAGCAGCAGCAGCAGCAGCAGCAGCAGCAGCAGCAGCAGCAGCAGCAGCAGCAGCAGCAGCAGGAACAGCAGCAGGAACAGGACCAGAAGCAGCAGGGAGACGAGGGAGGCGAGGGGGUCGCCGAGGCCGCGCACGUCCUCGUGCCGCACGCCGCGCGGCUGGUGCCAGAGGCAGCCCGUGCGCAGAUUGCGCUGCUGCAGCUAAACAGCGGCGGCGGCGACGCCACCGCCGCUACCGGGGAGCUGAAGGGGGCACUGCUGCUGGUUGAGGCGGCCCUUGGCCCCGCCAUGGCCGCCGGCGGCGACGGCGCGUCCGCGGCCGCGGAGCGCGGCUGGGAGCGCCGUGGCUGGGCGGCGGCGGUCGCGGCUGCCCAAGACCUGGGGGUGCUGCGGCGGCUGCUGGGCCGGCUGGAGGCGGCGGUGGACCGGAAGCUUCUCGCGCGCGGCUGGCGGCCGGUGCCGCCGCUGGUGCGGGGCGCGUGGUGCCCCUGGCAGCAGCGGCGGCGACGAAAGCAGCAGCAGCAGCAGCAGCAGCAGCAGCAGCAGCAUGAGGGAGACCCGCAAUUUGGGGAGCAGCAGCGAGACAGAGAGCAGCAGCAGCAGCAGCAGCCGGACGCGGCAGCGAGCGGCGGCGGCGCGGUCGCGCUGGAGGACAACCCUCUGGCCUGGCUGCCGCCGACGCCGGCGGCGCUCGCGUGGCGCGUCGCGGCGCUCGACGCGGCGCUGCUCUACCCCGGCUGCGACGGCGUCCCCGGCCGCACCCGCGUCGCGGGCUACCGCUUUGUCCUGCGCCCCGCGCCGCUGCGGCCGCCGCUGAGCCUCGCGGGGGCGCUCGCGGAGGUGGCGGCAGCCGAGGAGGCGCGGCGGGGCGCAGGGGCGCGGCGACCGGGGGGCCCGCGUGCGGGGUGUGGCCCUGGCGGGGUGGGGCCGAGGGAGCCGGCGCAGGAUGGUCAGCAGCAGCAGGAGGAGGGGGAUGAGGAGGCGGAUGAGGAGGAGGACGAGGAGGCAGAGGAGCAGGCGGCGUUGGGUGGGCCGGAGGGCGCGUGGCUGCCGCCCGGCGGCGUCAUGUAUGGGGGUCUCCUGGCGGAGGUCGGCCGUGGCCGCCCCGGCACGCUCGCGCGCCACUCGGUGUCACUGCCGGCGUUCCCGGAUCGGUCGCUCUAUGCGUUCAGCCCGCCCUUUGAGUUGCCUGUUGAGGAGCUUGCCGCGGCGACCGAGGCGGCGCGGGCGGACGGGAC